AUGCUCCCCUCCCACUUCCCUCUCCCACACCAGUUGCCGAUAAUCCGCCUCCUCUAUGCAACAUUCACCCAACCCAACCUAAAUCCCAACUGCUCCAACACCCAACCGCAACGAACCUCCUGUGAACUCAGACAUACGACCCAAAGCGCGGUGCGCCUGCCUACUCCAGCAAUGCCACCCAACACCACACACCAACUGCGCAACACAUGCAGUGCCUCAAACUACAACACUACAGCUGUCCACGCAGGCCUCUCCCCUCCCUCCUCUGCUAACACCCUCAGAAACGAACUUCCUCACCAACAGCCACACUCCCGCCUCCCACACCCUCACGCCGUUCCACACUACUCAACAAAACAAACCCAUCGCCGCCUCCCUCGCCCUCACACCACUCCCGCCUACACCUCCCUCGACCCUCGCAUAACAAAACUCACCUUUCCACGCACGCCACAAACGUCCCGUAAACGCACGUCCACGACAACCCACUCUAACCCAGCCCAAACUCCCAUCCUUCUCCACAUCCAACAACGCCCAACCCUACAUUCUACCAAACUCUCACCGCAUCGUCCCCCACAGCGCACAACUCAAUUCACGCCACCAACCUCCUCUACAUUUCCACACGCAAUAACCCCCUCGCAAUGUGCAGACACUGCUGUCCCUUCACGUCUUCAACGACGCACUCCCAUCGUCUACAACCGUCACUCACAGUCUAAACCAAGAACGCUCGCAGCUCACACACGCCACAAACAUCCUGCGCACUCCCUCCUGCAACAGUCCACUUCAAUUCUCCUCAUGCUGACCUCGUCGAGACUAUUCGCCCACCCACCCAAAGCGCCCAUGCUCCCCUCCCACUUCCCUCUCCCACACCAGUUGCCGACAAUCCGCCUCCUCUACGCAACAUUCACCCAACCCAACCUAAAUCCCAACUGCUCCAACACCCAACCGCAACGAACCUCCUGUGAACUCAGACAUACGACCCAAAGCGCGGUGCGCCUGCCUACUCCAGCAAUGCCACCCAACACCACACACCAACUGCGCAACACAUGCAGUGCCUCAAACUACAACACUACAGCUGUCCACGCAGGCCUCUCCCCUCCCUCCUCUGCUAACACCCUCAGAAACGAACUUCCUGUCAGCCAAGUCGCCACAAUCCACGCUUGUCGUUCUACACACUUCACCAUGCACAGCCGCAUCCGCAUCCCCUCUUCCCAACACCGCCCCAAUACGACACCACCACCCAACAACUAG